AUGAGUGAAGGCGCGGCCGCUGCCUCGCCACCGGGAGCCGCUUCGGCAGCCGCCGCCUCGGCCGAGGAGGGCACCGCGGCGGCUGCGGCGGCGGCGGCGGCGGCGGGCGGGGGCCCGGACGGCGGCGGCGGCGGCGGCGGCGAAGGGGCGGCCGAGCCCCCCCGGGAGUUACGCUGUAGCGACUGCAUCGUGUGGAACCGGCAGCAGACGUGGCUGUGCGUGGUGCCUCUGUUCAUCGGCUUCAUCGGCCUGGGGCUCAGCCUCAUGCUCCUCAAAUGGAUCGUGGUGGGCUCCGUCAAGGAGUACGUGCCCACCGACCUGGUGGACUCCAAGGGGAUGGGCCAGGACCCCUUCUUCCUCUCCAAGCCCAGCUCCUUCCCCAAGGCGAUGGAGACCACCACCACCACCACCACCACCACCACUUCCACCACGUCCCCCGCCACCCCUCCGGCCGGCGGCGCUGCCUCCUCCAGGACGCCUAACCGGAUAAGCACCCGCCUGACCAUCACGCGGGCGCCCACUCGCUUCCCGGGGCACCGGGUGCCCAUUCGGGCCAGCCCGCGCUCCACCACGGCGCGGAACACUGCGGCCCCCCCGACGGUUCUCUCCACCACGGCCCCUUUCUUCAGUAGCAGCACGCCGGGCUCCCGACCCCCAGGGCCUGGGACCCCCAGUACCGAGGCCAUGCCCUCCUGGCCCACUGCGGCAUACGCUACCUCCUCCUACCUUCACGAUUCUACUCCCUCUUGGACCCUAUCACCCUUUCAGGAUGCUGCCUCCUCUGCUUCCUCCUCUUCCACCACCACCACCACCACCACCACCACUCCAGAAACUAGCACCAGCCCCAAAUUUCAUACCACAACUUAUUCCACUGAGCGGUCUGAACACUUCAAACCCUGUCGAGACAAGGACCUUGCCUACUGUCUCAAUGAUGGCGAGUGCUUUGUGAUUGAAACCCUGACUGGAUCCCAUAAACACUGCCGGUGCAAAGAAGGCUACCAAGGAGUCCGCUGUGAUCAGUUUCUACCGAAAACUGAUUCCAUCCUGUCCGAUCCAACAGACCACUUGGGGAUUGAAUUUAUGGAGAGUGAAGAGAUUUAUCAGAGGCAGGUGCUGUCAAUUUCAUGUAUCAUCUUUGGAAUUAUCAUCGUGGGCAUGUUCUGUGCAGCUUUCUACUUCAAGAGCAAGAAACAAGCUAAGAAAAUUCAAGAGCAGUUGAAAGAACCUCAAUGUGGUAAAAGUUACAGUCUUAAAGCAUCCAAUACAAUGGGAAAGUCAGAGAACUUGAUGAAGAAUCAUGUCCAGCUGCAAAAUUAUUCAAAGGCGGAAAGGCAUCCUGUGACUGCAUUGGAGAAAAUGAUGGAGUCAAGUUUUGCUGGCCCCCAGUCAUUCCCAGAGAUCCCUACUCCUGACAGAGGAAGCCAAUCUGUCAAACACCACAGCAGGAGUCUGACCUCUUGCUGCAGCCCAGGACAAAGGAGCGGUAUGCUCCACAGAAACACUUUCAGAAGGACUCCCCCCUCACCCCGAAGUAGGCUGAGUGGAAUUGUGGGACCAGCAUAUCAACAACUUGAGGAAUCAAGGAUCCCAGACCAGGAUACAAUACCUCGUCAAGGGAUAGAGGUCAGGAAGACUAUAUCUCACCUGCCUAUACAGCUGUGGUGUGUUGAAAGAUCCCUGGACUUAAAGUAUGCAUCCAAUGGUUUAAAAUCCCAACAAAAUGCAUCAAUAAAUAUGCAACUGCCUUCAAGAGAGACAAACUCUUAUUAUAAUAGCUUGGAUCAAAAGGACCUGGUGAGAUAUUCAUCCACAAGGGCCAGUUCUGUGCCCAUCAUCCCUUCAGUGGGUCUAGAGGAAACCUGCAUGCAAAUGCCAGGGAUUUCUGAAGUCAAAAGCAUCAAAUGGUGCAAAAACUCCUACUCUGCUGAUAUUGUCAAUGUGAGUAUUCCAGUCAGCGAUUGUCUUAUAGCAGAACAACAGGAAGUGAAAAUAUUGCUAGAAACUGUCCAGGAGCAGAUCCGAAUUCUGACUGAUGCCAGACGGUCAGAAGACUACGAACUGGCCAGCGUAGAAACCGAGGACAGUGCGAGUGAAAACACAGCCUUUCUCCCCCUGAGUCCCACGGCCAAAUCAGAACGAGAGGCACAAUUUGUCUUAAGAAAUGAAAUACAAAGAGACUCCGCAUUGACCAAGUGACUUGAAAUGUAGGAAUCUGUGCAUUUUAUGCUUUGCUCAACAGGAAAGAGAGGAAAUUAAAUACAAAUUAUUUAUAUGCAUUAAUUUAAGAGCAUCUACUUAGAAGAAACCAAAUAGUCUAUCGCCCUCAUAUCAUAGUGUUUUUUAACAAAAUAUUUUUUUAAAGGGAAAGAAAUGUUUCCGGAGGGAUAAAGCUUACGACUAAAGCUUUUGGGUAGAGUUCUGAAUACAAUUUCAAUUAAUUCCAACACGGUCCUUUUUGGCUCUUCAAAGAUGUGGGUAAUUCAGACCCGCAGACCCACAGCACGCAUCCUUAUUUUGAAAAGAAAAGUUAUAAAGAAA